CGCCUGUCAUGUAGUGUCAUGUCAUCAGCUAUUUUGUAAACACGACACCCCUUAUAUAGUAAAUUAUAAUCGGUUUAUACCCGCUAAAAUGGACGCAAAAGACGUGUGCGUGGAAAUAGAAAAUGAUGAAUUCUAUAGUAAAUUCUUAGAUGAUACUGUGAAACCAAUAAUUCACGAGAAUUUAUCUGUGACCGAUCAAGUUACUAAACUCGCUCAAGGGAUUGAAAAACUGGGCAAAAGUCUGGAAAAACAAGUGUUAGCCAAACAUAAUGACUUGCUUACGCAAGCGAGUCAUAUCUCCGAUCUAGAAGUCACACUAGAAUCCGUGCAAGCUCAAGUACAAAAUUUAAUUCGAGGUGCCGAAAAACUAAAAAACAGAGUUCAUACUCCGUACUAUGCUCUUGAAAAACAAACGUUGAUGCUCGAAAGGGUACAGACCACGUGCAAUUUACUUCGUCACACUUCCAAAAUACUCGUUCUGUGGAACAAACUAAAAGGAAUCAAAGAUAACCCAUCCAAAGAGGCCAUUAUACUCUUCGAACUAAAUGAGUUGAUCGGUGACUAUGAUUUCGAGGGCAUUACAUUAUUGGAUGAGGUAUUGAGUUCCGUGGACCGAAGGAGAAAGGAGUUACUGAAUGAAUCCACAGCUUUGCUGCAGUCUAGCUUGUUAAAUGGAGACAAAACUAAACUCUUACAAUGUUUCAAAGUGUUCCAAAACCUACAAUGUACUGAAGAACAAAUAAAGAACACUGUGAAUAACAUUCUUAAUGACCUUAAAAAAGAAAUAACCACAGCUCUUAAUGUCCAAAUGGUGUCUAUAGAGGUGAAAAAGUCAAGUUCGGGAAGGAUAGCUCCAGGCAAAGCUAACAUUAUGAAUGCUCAAGACUUCAAGAUCAAACUUUGGGACAAUAUAGAGAAGCUGUUUAAAGGCGAGAUCUAUAACAGCUGCACCAAAGUCAUAAUGCUUCAGAAUGUUAUCAAUGAGCUGCAUGCUAUCGGAAACUUCAGAAACAUAGCUAAGAACUUUUGGUCAGAUUUAACCGCUGUCUUCAGCAGUGAACUAGAAAAAAGUUCUUUAACUGUAAACCAAUCUAUUGAAAUUGAUUACCCGAAACUGCUAAAGUGUUUCAAUGAUUUACUCUUCAGACUGAAAUGCAAAGAUUUGGAACUGAACCGAGAAUGCCUCACUAAAUGGGAGAACUCAUUUCUAUCUAAAUCAUUGGGAAAAUUGCUUGAGCCCGUGAGAAGCAUGUGGCACCUCAGCCAAGUACCAUCCAUGGACCAAAUAGACAAUGCCAUCAGAGUCAUUGCUGAGGCUCUCAGCAUAUCACUUGGAGAUAAACAGUUGAGCAUCAGCCUUGCCAACAGUGUGGCUAAAUCCAUAAAGCAAAUGAAUGUAGAGGCUGAACAGAGGUUAUCUAUGGACAGUGAUGUUGCACAAAUCAUAGAGCCUCCAACCAGCUCACAGCAGAAAAAUGCUAAUCUAUGCAAUGCUUUAUAUUACUUCUCUUCACAAAUUAAGAGGGUACUUGUAAAUAUGAACUCUAUGUUGCCACAAGAAAGCAUUCAAAUUGUCCAAAAUAGUUUGAAGGAUAUAUCCAGCAUGCCCACACUGCAACUCUUUGCAGAAUCCAUCAAAAACUCCCUUUACAUCAUUCUGAUGACGAUGCAUGAGGAACCAGACUUAAUAAGGGCAGAUGAUCCUGCAGGAAAGAACUUAUCCUGCUCCCCAUACAUGAAGGAGUUGCAACAAUUUGUGUCAAGGUGUAAAGAUAUCUAUUUAUCCAUGUUUAAUGAAAAGGCAGCUCUAAAUGACUGCUGUUUGAACAUAGCUAGAGCCUGCAUUGAAAGAUUCAUUAACCACAUUUGCAAUGUGAGGCCUUUGACUAAAUUUGGCAGAGUGAAACUUCAGAAUGACUGCAAACACAUAGAAAUUGCCUUAUCACCUCUGGUUAGUGAUAUGACUGAAUUAGGAGAUCACUACAGGCAAAUAAAAGCUGUCUAUCUUCUUCUAGAGAAAUCUCCUCAAGAAAUUGCAAAGAGUCAGGCAGAAGGUGCUAGUCUGCCAUAUUCUUUAGUGAUGAUGUUCCUGUUCUCCCAUGCUGGGCAUCAGUUAUUAGCGCCACACACUUGCGCAGGGUGGAAUGUCCAGAGAUUGAUGCAAUGGUUAGACGCACAUCGGAAUGAGAAAGAGAGGCUAGAGUUUGUAGCGGGAGCUUUGCAAAGAUACCAGAAUCACAUUAGACAAAACCAAAUUGCUACCUAUGAUGAUGUGUAUCCAAUUUUACUGCAGUUAUUGGAAGAUGGGAGACAGACUUUGAAGAAGUAAUUUGAUUAAUAGAUUAUUCAUAGUAUAAGUGUACAUUUAAUAAGAUUCCAGAACAAGAAUGGAUUAAGUAUUAAUAAUAUAACUAUGAUUGAGCACUUUGAAUAUAUAGAACACUUUUUUAUGGCCAAUAAUAGCUUCCUAAUCCAUAAAUUAAAUAUUUAGGCCAUUCUUACCUGGAAAUUACCUCCAACAGAAAAGGAGACAUUCAUAAAAAUUACAUUCUAGUUUUAAUUCCUAUUGUACAUAAAAUGAAAUAUGUAAAUAAAACCAAUAUACAUUCAA